CUGGCGUCGCGCCGCCGUCGCCGUCGGCCGUCAGCGACGCCUCCAAGGCCGGCUCAGACAUGGUGCUCAACACGGAGUGGGCUCAGGUCGAGGUGAUUGACCUCAUCAACGAUGGCUCCGGCCUGGGCUUCGGCAUCAUCGGCGGCCGCAGCACGGGGGUGGUCGUCAAGACCAUCCUGCCCGGCGGCGUGGCGGACCGGAACGGCCGGCUGCAGAGCGGAGACCACAUCCUGCAGAUCGGCGACGUCAACCUGCGCGGCAUGGGCUCGGAGCAGGUGGCCGCCGUGCUGCGCCAGUCCGGCAGCCACGUGCGCCUCGUGGUGGCCAGGCCCGUCGAGACCAACGCGACGGACUACCAGGCCAGCAUGGUGGUCGGCAUGCCGCCUAUCGUGCCCACCAAGAUCCUGGGCGACCCCGAGGAGCUGGACCGCCACCUGACCCGCAACGGCUUCCCCAACACGUUCACGCCGCAGGGCUCCAUCCUGGACUCGUACGACAACCACUUCAUCUUCCGCGACGACGAGCUGGAGGCCGGCGUGGCCGCGGGCGACAUCGAGCUCAUGCCGACCGGGCCGCUGCUGCUGGCCGCGCCGUCGCUGCCCACCCUCACCAUGGACAUGAUCCCCGCCGAGACGCCGCUGCCCGAGAUGGAGACCUUCACCGUGGACCUCAAGAAGGACGUGCACGGGCUCGGCAUCACCAUCGCCGGCUACGUGUGCGAGAAGGAGGAGCUGUCCGGCAUCUUCGUCAAGAGCAUCAGCGAGGGCAGCGCCGCGGACGUGUGCGGCAAGAUCCAGGUCAACGACCGCAUUGUUGAGGUGGACGGCCGGUCCCUGCAGGGCUACACCAACCACCAGGCCGUGGAGGUGCUGCGGAACACCGGCCAGACCGUCAGCCUGUGCCUGGAGCGCUACCUGCGCGGGCCCAAGUUCGAGCAGCUGCAGCAGGCCAUCGCCAACAGCGAGCUCAAGCCCAGCGCGGCGCAGGCCCCCGCCUCGCCGUCCGCUGCCUCGCUGCCGCGCUUCCCCAUCAGCGCGGACGGCGAGAGCGCCGUGGGGAUCGAGAUGGAGGGCGAGUCGCACACCACGGCGGACUCGCUGCUGCUGGAGGGCGUGGAGGGCGCCAGCGAGGACCUGGACCUGGAGGACGUGGAGCUGCUCAUCGACACCGACUACACGGGACCAUUGAAACCGACUGUGGAGGCGGCCAUCCAGGCCAAGUGGACCAAGAUCAUGGGGCCGGGAGUGGAGAUUGUGGUGGCGCAGCUCUGCAAGUUCGGCGAGGGCGGUGGCCUGGGCAUCAGCCUGGAGGGCACGGUGGACGUGGAGGACGGGCAGGAGGUGCGCCCACACCACUACAUCCGCUCCAUCCUGCCCGAGGGCCCCGUCGGCAGCAACGCGCUGCUGCGCUCGGGCGACGAGCUGCUCGAGGUGAACGGCCACCGGCUGCUGGGCAUGAACCACAUCGAGGUGGUGAGCAUCCUCAAGGACCUGCCAGUGUGCGUGCGCAUGGUGUGCGCCAGGCGCGCCGGCGAGGCGCCGCCCUACCGCCUCAUCGACACCUCGCAGGACAGGGCGGCCUUCGCGGCGAGGAGCCUCCUGGGCGGAUCACUGCAGAACCUCAUCCCCGCCACGGAGCGCCUGGUGAAGGCCAAGUCCGACGGCUCCCUCGCGUCCACCACGACCACCGCCACGGCCACGGACGCCAGCUUCUCCAAGAUGAAGUCGAGAUCCCUCGAGCCACUGACGGGGCUGGCCAUGUGGAGCUCUGAACCGCAAAUCAUUGAGCUGACCAAAGGAGAGCGUGGUUUGGGCUUCUCCAUUCUUGACUACCAGGAUCCGAUGAACCCAAGCGAGACCGUCAUAGUCAUCAGAUCUCUUGUUCCUGGUGGCGUUGCCCAGAUGGAUGGCCGGCUUAUACCUGGUGAUCGACUUCUCUUUGUCAACAACACUGUGCUGGAAAAUGCAUCUCUAGAUCAAGCCGUUCAAGCACUCAAAGGAGCACCAAAAGGAGUUGUGCGCAUUGGAGUUGCGAAGCCUCUACCCAUUCCAGACAGUGUGUCGCAGUCUGCAUCCCACUCACAGGUGAGUGAGACUCCAGCCCUGCCUCUGCCCACCGCGACACAGCACAUUGAAUACUAUGACGACCUGGGCAGCGAUAAUGAUCCUGAAGUGGAUGUUGAUGCCAAUCCUGAUAGCCCUCAACAAGCUGGUUUGCUCAAGUCUGAGAGCUUUUAAGUUGUAAAUGCUCCUCAUUUGCUCACUUUUUCAUCUUUUGAUAUGUCGUAUUUGAAUUGAUUUUAUUUGGCUCUAAGUCAGUCUUUAUUUAUGCAGUGGAUAUGAUCGUUAUGAACUCCAACUCUAUCAUUACCUCACUUUUUUCAUCUUUUAUUUUUUAAGAUUGUUUGAUACUCCAUAAUGUGCUUUCUUCUGCUUCUUUUGAAGCAAAGCACUGCAAUGUAACUUUACCCCGAGCAAUAUCUUCAGAAACCUAUGAGCAACUUCAAUGAUAAUAACAUAUGCCUUUUAAAACCGUCCUCAGAAAAUAUAGGCUGUUUCUAAGGCGCGAUGUCAUGCAGAAUGUCUGGAAUGUUUUGAAAGAGCAUACAUACUGAAGAACCAAUAAUUUUAUUUUCCAGUAUUGUUGACUAGGAGCAUGAAUACGAACAGUAAUUAAGGAAUGUGGUGGUGUUCGAAAGAAAAUGUUCUGUUUGCUUCUUUGCAUUUGAUUAAUAAGGCUGAUUUUGAUUUAAGCUAAAAUAUGUGAUAGACUGGCACCAGUUCUUCAGUUUUGUCAUAAGAUUGAGACUGUAAUGGGUAUGAAUUUCACUGGCCAAUCAUUCCAUUUCUUUUAAAAUUGUUAGGAGAAUGCAAUAAAAUCUGCCUUUCUUUGUGUAUUUUUAAUUUAAAUUGCGGAAGGUGAUGCUGCCUUAACUUUCACGUCUUCUUUGACUAAUUUUAAACCUAGGAUAAAAAGGCUGAUUACCUGCAUGAUUGUUGUGCUUCCUGCUGGCAGGAAGCAGUUCCAGUGCCUGAAAUGUUGAGGCAAGUGUGCUUGCAGAAAAACGGCCAUCAUGUCUGUAAACAGUAAAAGAUAUGAAAGAGAAGUUUUAAGUAUUGCACACACAAGACCUUAAAAUCCUCUUUUCUUUCUUUCAGUUGAUGAAGUAUUAAUUUAUUGGCAGGUUUUACUGUGUCAGUAUUGUUAUGAUUUAUGCCAAUUAUUAGAACACCAUUUGUUGAAUGAUAUCCCUUAAUAUUAAUUUAUUAUAUUUCUUUUAUUUUUCUUUACUUUAUCAUCAUUAUUAUUAUCUACCUUAUUUUAAUUUGUUUAGGCCCCUGAUGAACGUACCAUAUUCCAUAGGAUAAGUGAAACAGAGAUUUAUUGAUAGUUUUGCUGGUUGAUAUGAGGUUUUGUUAGUCCUAGAUGAUUUAUGUGCCCAAGUAAUACCCCCAAAAAAUAUAAGACUUUUGAAUUAUGUCAACCUCGUUAAAAUAGAACCCCACAUAGUUGUUUGAUGUCUUUCAUGCAUCAGUAAUCUUGUCCUCUUGUUAUGAAACCCUGAUUGUUAGUGACUGCGGUUUGGUAGCACUGGAAACAAUAUAAAAUUUGGCACUGAGGAGAACGCACAUGCUUCUCUUUACAUUGUUUCACUAUUUUUCUUGAAGUGGGUGGUAAGAGUCUGGCAAGCCUGCAUUUGAGGGAUUUGUAGAGCAUGACACAGUCCCUGUAGCUGCCUGUUCUGUCCAGGGAGCAGAGAGCCAACCACUGCUUUUGCCAUGUUGUAGCAUCAUUUAUAAUGGAUUCAGAAAUCUUGUUAUGGUUGUUUGUUCCUCUUCUCUACUCCAGCCCUGUGCUGCUGAUGGUUAAUAUCUAGCUAUAGUUCGUUUUAGUUAUAUCACCAUACUUAAGCAUCUUGAAAUGAGAGAGCUGAGGUGUUGUGCCUUCAAACCUUCACUUUCAAUUAAUAUUUUGCAAUCAGUUUGGUAGGAGCUCAUCAUGCGUCUGCAGUACAGAGAACUUUAUUGUUGUUUUUCUUUUGUAUGGUUCACUGCUUUCUUCUUAAAAUAUUUUAUUUCCAUGCAUUGUUUGCUUUGAGUGAGAUGCUGGGACCAGCCUGUUCUGCAGACGCAUUGUUGAGGGAAUCAGUCAUGCCUUGUCGCUUGCCUGGCUGCCCGCCUGCCUAUCAAAGUGCAUAUAGUACUUACAUCCUUACCACAGUCACACAAGUAACUUUACGAGAAAGGUUGUCCCUAGUUUAUGUCAAGAUAUUUUAUUUACGUGUAUAUUGGUUGGAACUUGUAAAUUGUACUUGAAAUAAAUAAAACAUUUUCCACCCUUACAGGGUUAUGGCUUUGUGUUAAA